AUGCCGGCCCAGCUCCUGGCGCAGGUGAGGACGGAGCUGCUGCGCCUGGCCUGCAGCGAGCCCUGUGGGCUGCGCGGGGCCCUCCUCGACCUCUGCGUGGAGCACGGCAAGGCCUGCCACGACGUGGGGCACAUCGCCGUGGACCCCGCUGUGGUACCCACCUUCCAGCUCACCCUGGUGCUCCGGCUGGACUCCCGCCUCUGGCCCAAGAUCCAGGGACUCUUCACCUCGGGGCCGGCUUUCACGCCGCUGAAGCUGAGCACGGGCUUCAGGGUCAUCAAGAAGAAGCUGUACAGCUCCGAGCAGCUGCUCAUAGAGGAGUGCUGA